AACAAAGAGUAGAAACAAAGAAGUUCAUACAAAAAAUGAAGAGGUUUAUCCCAAAUGCAUCCUUCAUUUUAUUAGCCACUCUCAUCUUGACAAGUUGUUUUUACUCUGAAGCUCAAAAGUGCCGCCCAAGUGGAAGAAUUAGAGGAAAGAAGGCCCCUCCAGGACAAUGCAACCAAGAGAAUGAUUCUGACUGUUGCAAAGAAGGCAAAAUGUACACAACAUAUGAAUGUUCACCACCAAUGUCAAGCAACACCAAGGCCUAUCUCACUCUCAACAGUUUUCAGAAGGGUGGAGAUGGUGGUGGCCCUUCAGAAUGUGAUAACCAGUACCAUUCUGACGACACACCGGUCGUGGCACUGUCCACGGGAUGGUUCAACCACAAGAGCAGGUGCCUCCACAACAUCACCAUUAGCGGCAAUGGUAGAAGUGUGGUGGCCAUGGUGGUUGAUCAGUGUGACUCAAGAAAGGGAUGUGAUGCAGAGCAUGACUAUCAACCUCCAUGUCCCAACAACAUUGUUGAUGCAUCAAAGGCUGUUUGGAAAGCCUUAGGAGUGCCCCUAAAUGAAUGGGGUGGGUUGGAUAUUACCUGGUCUGAUGCUUGAUAUUGUAAAAGUAUUGUUUUCAAGUAAUGUUUUCGUUUCUAUAUAGCAAGUGAUUGGGUAAAUUAAGUUUUUAGUUUUCGUUCUGUGUGCAUCAUCUAUCUUGUAUAUGCUGUGAGAGUGUGAUUGUGAGGUGAUCAUCCUUUUGUAAUAUAUUAACUUUUAUGCACUAAUGCUUUUGGUU